CAGUGAGCGCCGGGUCCUCCCCGCGACUCUGGCGGCGUAAGCGCGGGUCUCGGCGACGCUACGAGACGGGCGAGCCGGGCGCCCGCGCGGCGGGGACGGCCCGCGCCCAACAUGCGGAGUCCGGCGGCGCGGGAGCGGAUGCUCGAACAAGCGCCGGAGCCGGAGCGAGAGCGGGAACCGGAGUGGGGGCCCACGCCACGCUGCUGAGGGAGCCCGGGCCGCCCUGCCCGGCCGGCCGGCCGCGGGGCCACGGCCACGGCGGAGGCCGAGAGCUGGGAGCCACGAGAUUUGAGGCAGCGGGACCUGUCAGCAGAAUGUGUCCUCUCCCUAUGCGAGACCCUGAGGCCACCGAGAUGAGUACCAAGGCCUGGCCCUCACAAGCGCCCGCGUCUCACUAGCCAGGAGUCUGCCAGGUGCCAUGGUGUACUAGCUCCGAAGAGCCGCCCGCAACCUCAGGUCUCCACAGACCCGGGAUUUGUACGGCAGCAGAGUCACCGUGGAGAGGCCAGGGUACCACAAACUUAUGGAUUUUGACAAGAAAGGAGGGAAAGGGGAGUCGGAGGAGGGCCGGAGAAUGUCCAAGACCGGUGGCCGGACCAGCCACAGCGUCCGGAGCACAGGGACCAGCUCGGGGGUCCUGAUGGUGGGCCCCAACUUCCGGGUUGGGAAGAAGAUAGGCUGUGGCAACUUCGGGGAGCUCCGGCUAGGAAAGAAUCUCUAUACAAAUGAAUAUGUAGCUAUCAAAUUGGAGCCCAUCAAGUCCCGGGCACCACAGCUGCACCUGGAGUACCGCUUCUACAAGCAGCUCAGCACCGCAGAGGGCGUCCCUCAGGUCUACUACUUUGGCCCAUGCGGGAAGUACAAUGCCAUGGUGCUGGAGCUGCUGGGGCCCAGCCUGGAGGACCUUUUCGACCUAUGCGACCGCACGUUCACGCUCAAGACGGUGCUCAUGAUCGCCAUCCAGCUGAUCACACGCAUGGAGUACGUGCACACCAAGAGCCUCAUUUACCGCGAUGUGAAACCUGAGAACUUCUUGGUGGGGCGCCCGGGGAGCAAGCGGCAGCAUGCCAUCCACAUCAUCGACUUUGGCCUGGCCAAGGAGUACAUUGACCCCGAGACCAAGAAGCACAUCCCGUACCGCGAACACAAGAGCUUGACGGGCACGGCGCGCUACAUGAGCAUCAACACGCAUCUGGGCAAGGAGCAGAGCCGUCGCGACGACCUGGAGGCGCUGGGCCACAUGUUCAUGUAUUUCCUGCGCGGCAGCCUGCCCUGGCAGGGGCUCAAGGCGGAUACGCUCAAAGAGCGCUACCAGAAGAUAGGGGACACCAAGCGGGCCACGCCCAUCGAGGUGCUCUGUGAGAGCUUCCCAGAGGAGAUGGCCACAUACCUGCGCUACGUGCGGCGCCUGGACUUCUUUGAGAAGCCCGACUACGAUUACCUGCGUAAGCUCUUCACUGACCUCUUCGACCGCAGCGGCUUUGUGUUCGAUUAUGAGUACGACUGGGCCGGGAAGCCCCUGCCCACGCCCAUCGGCACAGUCCACACCGACCUUCCCUCGCAAACUCAGCCUCGGGACAAAGCCCAGUUGUAUAGCAAAAACCAGGCACUGAACUCCACCAACGGGGAGCUGAAUGCAGACGACCCCACCGCUGGUCACUCCAACGCCCCCAUCACAGCUCCCGCAGAGGUGGAGGUGGCCGACGACACCAAGUGCUGCUGUUUCUUCAAGAGGAGAAAGAGGAAAUCGCUGCAGAGACACAAGUGAUCCUGGCGGCGGCGCUCACUCUGCGCCGCCCGCCGCCGUCCUUGGGGAAGCUGGCCCGCGGUGGCCACAGCCAGGACUCAGGCGGGCUCAGAGCCGCCCGCCCGCCCCGCACGGAUCGCUCCCUUCACAUAAGACUUCGGCCGAAAUUUCUACACCUGUGUUUAGUCCUCCCCUCCAAGAGCAUUAACUAUUUAAAACGAGGAAAAGAAAAACAGCGGCCGCCUGCCCUGCGCCCCUCCCACUGUGUCUGCUGAAGUGAGUAGUGUGACCUGGAGGCCCUGGCCACGUGCGCUGUUAGUGUCAUAAAGUCCAGCUUGUCUCGCUCAAUCCAAAGGUCGUUUUCUCGAGGGGGCACUGUGGGGCGUUGCUGCGAGGGUGCGCCUGCCCUGGGCCUCCCCAAACCAAAGGGGAAGGUUGGGCCGGGGGAGGCGCCCCCAAACAAAAUGCUGCACCAAAGCUUGGGGGGGCCGUGUGGCCCGCAGGUAUCCUGCCACACCUACUCCUGGAGCUGGGAGGGCGGUCAUCCGCAUGGGCACUCGGCUGGAGCUUCUUGUGCCCACACUCAGUGCUGCGGAGCGGCGGGAGACAAGCGCCUUAAAGCCCCAUCCCAGUCCGCAGUUGCGGCGGCCUCACAGCCCGCGGGCUGUGGGAGGAGAGGGGGGUUCUCCGGGUCCCCUGGAGGCCGCCGUGCUGCCUGCGGAGCAGCUGGAGUGCCGGCGGCGGCGUUUGCGUCUAGGUCUUGCUUUACAAAGUGUACAGAAAUGGCACUUCCGUUUCUCUGAUGCUUCCUGGAAGCCAUAGAACUUAGGGGCUUUUUUUAAAAAAAUAAAAUGAAAUCAGUUCCAAGUGUGUUAUCUCAGUUUUUCCCAGAGGCUUGGCUGAGAGGGGCAGCAGCACAGAUGCCCACGUACAUGUCCCUGGGAAGGGACAGACUAGGAGGUGGUGACAAAAAAUGUGAGGGGGCGGGGGUAGCCAGGGAGAAAUGGAUGGUAAGAAACAAAGUAACAGAACUACAUUGUGAGAGCUAGGUUUGGUCAUGUUGUUGGGGGGUAAGUGGGAAAAACCACCAUCAACCUAAUGAUAAGGGGAGAGGUCACAGACACGGGAAUGGAAGGGCAGCAGGUCACCUUGCUGACUACACUGUGCCUUUGAAGCGCUAACUAACAGCGUGUCCUCUCGACCAGGCACCAGCUGCGUCAGGAUGGUGUGUCUUGAGCGCACCAAACAGCACCAACUGGGAGGUGGCUGGGAGCGGCAGACAGGAAAACCUAUCUCCUUGGUGGACUGAAUGUGUCUUCCCACAUCCCCAGAGGGAUGGUGUUAGGAGGUGGGGCCUUUGGGAGGUGACAGGGUUCCAUGAGGUCAUAGGGUGGGACCCCAGUGAUGGGAUUGGUGUCCUUGUCGGCAGAGGAAGAGACCAGGGCUAAUCCAGACUGUGGUCCUCUACUGUGGACAGGAAACCAGCCAAGCUCAGGAAUACAGCAAGACUUGUCCCCAACACCACUUGAAGUUGUGAAAACAAUCUAGGAUCAGACAUUCAAAAACUAAGGACAGAAGUGGGCAAGAGACAACUGAAAACAGCAGCUUGAAUUUAGGAAGGAAAUGUGAAAAAAAAAAA